AUGAACAAUGAGAAUCAUCAACUUUCUCGUGUUGAAGAAUUACGACGACUUCUUGAAGAUUCAUUAAAAAUUGAUGAAAAAAUUUUUCAUAACAAUAGUAAAUUUACUGUUUCUUCAGAAGUUAUACAAAAAAUGCUUCGGCCGUUAAAAAUUUUAUAUCGAAAUGAUCGUCGAGCUAUUAUACAAAUUUCAGGUCCAUCAUCGUCAAGAAAGAAAGAUAAUAAUAGUGAAAUGGCUGAAUCUUCAUCGACGGUCGUGUUAAAGCAUAAUCGCAGUAUUUCACCAGCACCGCUGGAGGUAAUCGUUGGUGUAACUGUGUCCAACUGUAAUUCUAUUAAUACAGCAACAAUUGAACAGAAAUUAAGCGUUAAUGAUUCGUCAACGAGCAGUCCGGUAGGUAGCGUGGAUUCUGGUGUGUCAUUAAGUUCGCCGUCUAUAUCACCAAUUUCUUCACCGAUUAAUACUCAAAAUAAUCUUUUCUGUUUAAAUACAGCAAAUUCGGAAGAUUUGCCUCAUUGCUUACGGCAGAGAUCGACCAGUGAUUCUGUUUCUUUCGGUUUGAAAAGUAUUUUGAAAAAAACACCUGUCGUAUAUCGAGGCCGCUUCAUAAGUAGAUCUGUUUCUGAGUGUGAGCAUAGUGAAGCAUUGAACAGUAUUACUGGUGGACUGUCUUCUGAGAUGUUGCAAGAAGAAGGUGAAACUACUGAAAGCACAGAAUAUAUUAAUCGGAAAAAACGAGUCUCGUUCAGUGAACGCCUUGUUAAAGAGCAUUGUUUUCGUCCGAACUCGUCGAUUUUAGGACAAAAGAAGAAGAAUCAACGAAAAAUACGAAAUAAACUGAAAAAAAAAGCUAAUGAAGAGGUGCUUAAUUGCGAGAGGAAAUCAAAUGAUAAAAAUAAUGUACUUGAUGCGGAAUAA